CAUAUUGUCUGUUUUUAUAAGAAUAAAAAAGAGGAAAUGUCCACCUCCACCUCCUCCUCCUCCACCUCCUCCUUUCUUCCUUUUACUCUUUCCUUCUCUCGUUGUCUUCCUAUCUCCUCUUCUCCUCUCUGUCCUCGUCCUCCUCCUGCCUUCAGGUCAGAUAUAGUCGGUCCAUCAGCAGCUGGGAGACCAGAUCAGGAGCCCCUCUCGUUCAGGUAGGACCACCUGUUUUUCCGAUUGUGUGUGUCUGAAACAGCUGCAUGUCCAUCCAUUUAUUUUAUUUUAUUUUAUUUUGACUCAUUUGUUUAAUUUUGUUUUGAUAUAAAUUCUGCUGAAUUUUAAAGUCAGUGCUUAAACUGAUUUUUUUAUCAGAGUUUGGACAAACUUUAUACGCAUAGGUUAUUUUUCUUUUCUUUGUGAUUUAUUUAGAUAAGAUAUUUUAUCAUAAGUUAAUGCAGCUUUUGAAAUGAUUUUAAGAUCUAAGGAAUUAGUUAUUCUUAUAUUUCACCAUAGGUUUCAUUUUAAAACAAUAAAGAACAUUUUUAUUUUUGAAUUUUAUUAUAUUUAAAUCCAAUAAAAUAAGAUUAAAUUCAUUUUGUAAUUUUUGUUGUAAUGUUAAAUAUUAAACCAGUAAUGUUAAAUCAGAGCUAUGAAUACCUGUGUAAAUGUAUAUAGGACUAGAGAUUCAUAUUGAGUUUAAAUAACUACCAAAAAAUAUUUUAUUUUCAUUUUUUUAGAGUUAUAUAUAAAUACAUUUCCUCUCAAUUUAAGACUAUAUGUGUCUAUGAACACUUUAUUAGUGUAUUUUCUUUUUUUAUUUCAAUAAACCUUUAAUUUUACUUUUUACCUUUCUUAAUUCAUUGAUUUUUAUUUUCUGUUUUCUUCUUUAUUUCUUGAUGACAGGAUUGUUAAAAAACGCAAACAUCUAUCUCUCUAAAUAUGGCAGUAUUUCUUUCUUUCUUUCAUUUUAUUGCUGUUUCCAUUUUAAAUAUCCUAAUUCUGCUUUUACUGUCAGUGAGAUUUCAGUGAGUCUGCAGCUCCUUUUACACUCCUGGAUUUGAAUUUUAUCCCUUCACUUUGUGUAUUGAUCGCUGAUUAUCUCUUCUUGUUCAAAAAGCAGCUGCUCCUGUUUAUUCCUGUUUACCUCUCCAGUUUUAGUUUCAGUUAUUUUUGUAAUCUCUUAGAUUUUAUGUUUGAAUGUUUUUGAAGCGUUUAAAAAACUGUCUGUUUUCUGCAGGUUUGUUUCUGCUGCGUCAAACUAAAGAUUCAAAAUUACAUUUCAGGUCAUUUUCCAUCAAACAGGAGAUAGAAAGAGAGGGAUAGAGAGACAGAGAGAGAGAGAGGGGGGAGGGGACAGAGACAGAAAGGUGGGGGCAGAGAGAGAAAGAGAGAGAGAGAAAUGGAGGCGAGAGGGUGAAGUAAACGAGAUGGACAGAGAUAAGGGAAGAAAGGGAGUGUGUGUGUGUGUGUGUGUUUGUGUGUGUGUGUGUGUGUGUGUGUGUGUGUGUGUGUGUGUGUGUGUUUGUGUGUGUGUGAUGUAACCAUGUUAGUGAGGGGAAGGAGCCUCUAAAACAAUCAGCAAUCAGAGCAAACAGAACGUCAGCGCUCAGGUUCACUGUAAAAAUGUCAAAAUCAAAAUAACUGAUGACACUGAAAAUGUUUAAUUCAGAAUUUUUUCUAGAGUUUUUUGUCUCUAAACCGGCUCCUUCUGAUUUUUGUUGUCUUUAACACAAAUAAACCUGAUAUUUUAAAAUAAUUAAAACACACUUUGUGAUUAAAAUAAAAAUUACUGUCAGAUAUUUAAAAACUGGACUGUGAGUUUGCUGCUCACAGUCCAGUUUUUAAAUAUUUGUAAUUGUAUUUGUACAAUAAUUUUGCCCUCUGUACAAUGUAUGAUCAAUAACCCCCCCCCAAAAAGGGUAAAUCUUCGUGUGAGGACAAGUUGAUUUUUGUGUAUAAAAUUAAUUUCACUUAGUGAAGUCAGAUUACUCUUUUCUUCCUUCCCAGUUAUCAUGAAUAGUGUUUCAAAAAGUAGGUGGCCUUAAGGUUUCAUGAUUUGGCUCCUUAGUUCCCACCUGUCAUUUGUUUAGAGGGGAUGCAUUUGAGUUAAACAGAUGAGUUAGAGCUGCUGAUCAUACCUUGCUGAUGUGAGGCGGGGUGGUGAAUGACCACAAAACUGUAGCCACAAAAUCUUGAGUGCCUGUAGAAUGCUAAACAGAGUGACUAUAUGUGACUAUCAUGGAACAGUAAGAUUGUUAUUUUGAUUAUGACGGGGGUACGAUAAUCCCCCCCCCCAAAAAAAAAAAAACUAAAAAAAAAAAAGAUAAUUUUGAGUCUGGUAUGAUAACUCUAUGUUUACCAUCUGGCAACACUGCUGCUGGGACAAAUGCUGAUGGAUUUUCCAGAUCUGACCGACUGAUUCACCAACAACUGGAGUCCAGACUCUGAAAACCUCUUAGGCCUGUCUCGGUCAAAUGAAACUUCAGAGUCAACAAACCUGAAGAUAAAGAUCGUUUUGUUUUUGUUAACUCAGAACAAGACUUUUUUAUCCACAGAGGAUAUGGUUAUGGAGGCCGCCAUCUUACCCUGUCAUGUUUCUACUGUAGCACAAAGUAAAUAUAUUGGGGACUUAUGUGGGUCUGUAGUUAGUUCAUUUUUGUCCAAACCACACUUUUUGAAUGAUGAUGAAGAAGAAAAGAAAGUUGUUUUAAGGCAUGAAAGAGUCAGUACUGAUACUUUUAUUGAUGGUAAGAUCCCAACAAAUCGAGGAUCAAACUCAUCAUCAUUACAAGAGCUUCUUGUCCUCAGCAGGCCACUGUCCCUGCAUCAAUGGGAGGGGUGAACAAGGGAGCGUCUAUUACCGAUUGUUGAUCUAAAACUCAUGAUUUGGGCUCUCAACAUCUCUUGAAUCAUGUGUUUUAGACUGUUCAAUCAUCUAAACCCUCAGAAUUCCUAUUUUUGACGUCUGUCUGCCCCCGUCCACAGCUUUGUUUGUCCUCCUUUCUUCACUCAGCUUUCAUUCCUGAUUGGAUAUACCCAUGCAUCAUGUGACAAUCCAUACACUGGAUUCCCCAGAGUUGAAUUUUAAAGAUUUUAGGGACUUUGUUCUUUACAGUACAUCAUAUCAUUGGAAGAUUCAGAGAAUUUGCAGAAAGGCCAAAAAACCUAAACCCCAUGGCUGCGACUCUGUAGUGGAAACCACUGCAUGGGUUCAAAGAUGCUUCUGGAAACCUUUGUCUGUAACCACAUCCUCCAAACAGCCUCCAGAUCUGACAGCAGGGCCCGUGUUGCAGCAGACUAAUAUGUUCGAUAAUAACAGAGGGUCCUUUAGUGUUAUUAAAGAUCAGCUGUGAUAUGAAGGAGCUCUCAGCUGCGACUCACUCCUAGUCAUCACAACACAGACACUUUAUGAAGCCAAACAAAGGGGGACAGGGGAUGAUUCAGACCUGCUCACGUCAGCAGUCAUUCACAUUCACUCAUUAAUGCCGUGAUAACUGCUGAUGUAUUCAUGCGUCUCACGACUCAUUUAACACAGGAUAAAUUGUUGUUGAGUUAACUGUAAGAAACUCUGAUAUAGCUCAGCAGAUGUCAGCUUUUAUUACAAGAUGUAUUUGGCUUGGUUUUGGUUCAGGGCUCUUCUGGAUAACUCGCUGUGUUUGUUUUGGUGUUUUUUCACCUCUGCACCCUUCGCCCUUAGACAACAACAGUUAGGCAGUCAUCAGUUUGGCAACAGUAGUAAAUCCUUGCUUGAAAAACAACCAGGACACAGCUAAGAAUACCACUUUAUGAGAUCUUUUCAUUUAAGUGCUAGUUUUGACCAGAAUCAGAACUGUUUAUAGUUGCUAAUCCUGACAUAAAGGAUGGGACAUAACUCAAAUGAAGCCUAAACGUCUCCAUAGAAUCAAAAACAGAAACUGUGAGAUCUGUGCUCUGUGUGUAGAUAUGGCGUGGCUCCAUCAGAGUCGAGGUUCUCCCAGACUUGUCCUGGUGGUGGUUUGUGUCGCACUGCUGCUCGACAACAUGCUGUUCACUGUGGUCGGUGAGUAGAUUCACACAAACACUAACAAAAUCACUUAGAGUGGAUAAUAUCUCGUAAUAAAAAAAUCAUGGACCAGAACCAGACAGAUUUCCUUACAUUUUUAGAUUUAGGUUAGUUAUUUUUAUCUGGACCACAGAGGAACCAGACCAGAAGCUUGUCCAACCAACUCUACAACCAGAUUACACAAGUUCACCUUCAAUAUGACAGCACAACCAAUUUUUGGACUGUAAAGGGAUUCAUUGGGAAUGACACAAACACGUAUGUGAGAAAUUUGCUUUGCUCCAACAGAGAGGGUCACUGGACCCAAGUUCAUUAAACAAUUUAAACCCGACACAUCAAAUCUAUAAAAUCUGUAAAUAACCUCAAAUGUAUAAAGGUUGUACCCCCCUGCUCAAGUUGUCUGUGAUUCAUUGCAUUGUGCAAAUGCAACAUUUCAGCCUGUCUUUCCAGAAUGAGCUGCCUUCUAUGUUUAAAUACAUGAAUAAAGAAGCUGUAUGAAAAGUUUUAUGUUAAAAACAUGAUUUGAAAAAGUGAAAAAGGAAGAUUAUUUCAUUAUUUGUAUUUUUUGAGGUGUUCUGAUGCCAUUUAUGGGCCAUUGUCAGGGAUCUUCUCAGUCAGUCAUACUGCUGUUAGUCAGUGAAGAAGUUUGCAGGAUUCAUGAUUAAAAUUUAUGUUUCUCCUGAUUAUUUUUCAGUUUGUCUGCAUCUGUGUUCUUACAAAUGAAGAAACUUCAGGACAGAUUAAGAAAAGUGGAGCCUUGUAGGUUUCUUGGAGGACUUUUGAAUGUUGACUGGCUGUCUCACUGCACAAACGUGAAUAUGCAGAAAGAGCAGCACACGGGGUAAAGUCACUGACUUUAGGCAAACAAAUGGGUGACACAAAAACGACCACGUUCAUGAUAACCAAAGUAAUGGUUUUGAUAAUUGUUGGGUCAAAUCAAUGUCUGAGUUUCAAAUUUAUAUGAAAAGAUAACCAAUGACUAAGAGAUUAAUGGACCUGCUCGGCUCUGAAAACUCCAAAUGAACAACUCCAAACUCAAUUUACAGGAAACAGCUUGUGAAGACAUUAAUAACUUUUCUGAUCUUUAGACAGACUGUUUUUACACCUCAGAUGACAAGGAUAUCAACCAAAGUGUUCUUGGUGUUUCAUAGUAGCAGGGUUAAGUGAAAACUCUGGAUGAUUUCUGAAAAAACUAUUAAUCAUCAGGUGAAAACUUUUUACAUUAAAGAGACGGAAAAAAAAAAAUCUAAAACCCUUUUGGCUCAAAACCUGCAUGUUUUCUGUCGAGGAUGAGUUCAAGGGUUCAAAGAGCGGCAACAAAAAGUUCUAGUAUCUGAAAAAGCCAUGUUAUAUCUGACAUAAUGAUGCAUUCAUGUGAUGUCAGACAGGAGCAAAGCAAGUAUCCAUAUUGGAAACAGCACAAGUCGAGACAACAACCUGGAAACGUGACUUUUAAACUUGACGUCGUAUUUAUUAGUAGCAUGGAACUUUUUAUAAACUUGUGUACUGCAUAUCAACUUUUCACUCUAACCUCAUUUCUAUUUUUUUUUUUUUUUUAUCCAGAGUGACCUGGACCGGUUAAAAUUGUUAUUAACAUUAGUACAAUAUUUAAGAAAGUCAGGUCUAUAUUAAAGUAAUAUUUUAAUAUUUAUUUGAUAUUAUUGACGUUUGGUUAUGUUGGGGUGCUAUUGGCCUUGUAGUCUAUAUGCAGGUGGUUUGGGUUCAAUUCUCAUUAUCACCCCUAGGUCCCUCUACAGGUUUCCCGCUUUAUCCACUGUCCUAGCCUGCCAGAAUAAUAAAACCAAAAGUCCUUAACUGUCAUUGGCUCUUACCUAAUCAAAGGCGGGACUUAAUUUCAGAAUUACUCUUUUUUUAUUUGGUGCAACAGCUUAUAACUUUUGUGGCAUUUUAUUGUUGCAUGUUUCCUGUUAUGUUGCAUCAGUGUUGGUAGUUAUACUCAACUAAUACUAACUAAUUACGGAUUAAUUAAAUUACUAAUUUAACCAAUACUAUGAUUAAAUUAAAUAAAAAUCUUGGUUGAGUGCUUGUCAAAUGCGUGCAUGUAUAUAAAAACCUUACGCACCCACCACCCCACCCCCAUGCAAACGUCAGUGUCCCCCCAGUCCAGAAGUCUGGACCUGGCCCUGUAAAUGAGGCUGUGUGGUUUCCUCUGAUGUGCUUCAGACACAGAUCGCCCUCAGAUAUUCUUCCAUGAUGAAGUCUCGGCUGCAGGAAACAGAUCAGUGACGCAUCUAAAAACCUGCAGGUCACAUCUGUCAUCAGCAAUUAGAGCCAGGGCUGGAUGUAAAGGUCAGAGGUCACACACACACGCACAUGUGUGACCUCCUGGCCUUGAACUUUAAAGUCUGUGGUCUGGGUUCAACACUGUCUCUUUGAGUUUCCUCUCAGGUCCCAUCUUUUCCCUCCUCUCUGCUCUUUUCUUAUCUCUGAAGCUUUUUUACGGUUUUACAAGCUGAUUUACAAAAACAGAUGAAUUAAUGAUCAAACGUCAAAGUUUAGCUCAUUGAACAGAAGUUAUGAACUUUGUGAGUUAUUGAAGAAUCAUUUAGAUGUUCUCCUCCAGUGCCAAUCAUCCCGACCUUUCUCUACGCCAUGGAGCAUCCCAGUCCAGAGCCCCAGACCCUUCAGCCGUCCCUGCUCCCUCUACAGAGCCUCAGUGAUCCCCAGCUGCCCUCUCAACCCCCCCAGCCCAGCCACAGUGCACUGGUCCUGGGUAAAUCCUCAGAGGAGAUCCCCCGGUCAACUCCCCCCACCUUCCCCCAUCUGGUGUCGCUGUUUGACAACACGACCUUUAGUCUUCAGGAGAUCCAGACUGAACCUACCCUGGACACCGGGCUGACAGACCAGAGCAGCCUGAUGACCACAGAGCUGCAGAUCAACCAGACCGCUAACACUACAGUAGGUGGAUGUUGACCUGACUGUGAUGGACCAGUGUUUACAGGUGAGGACUUAUCUCCUCUCCUCUCCUCUCCUGCAGGAGUCCUCCUGUCUUCAGGACAGUGUGUUUCUGGAGGAGGAAAAUGUACGUGUUGGUUUGUUGUUCGCCUCUAAAGCUCUCACCCAGCUGCUGGUCAAUCCCUUCGUCGGCCCGCUUACCAACAGGUAUUUCAGCCAUUAAUUUUGCAGAGAAAUAAAGUAGCUUCAUUCUUGUUGUCAGCAUUUUGGAUAAUUUUAUCCUGGUAUUUUUAGUAUCUGUCAGCUUUAGCUCUCAAGUUACACUAGUCAUUUUUGUUGGGUCCAGCUCCUUCAGGAUUGUGUGAGGUAAAAUUACUCUUUUACUCUUAAUUACAAAAAGGCCUUUCUUUGUAAAUAACGUUGAAUAAAGUAAUCAAAGCCUUUUCUCUGUAAAAACAAGGCCUCUUAGUAGAAGACGUCACAAACAUGAAAAAUAAAGUGUUGAGUUAAUUUACUGUUUUUUUUCUGCAGGGUUGGAUAUCACAUCCCCAUGUUUGCUGGUUUCAUCAUCAUGUUUGCAUCAACCAUCAGUAAGUCACACACAAGCAAAUACACACGGAUGAUAGUGUGUUUUCAGGCUGAAAAGUCUAAUUUUGUGUCUGUUCCAGUGUUUGCAUUCUCAGGGACCUACGCUCUGCUCUUCUUCGCUCGCUCUCUGCAGGGAAUUGGCUCGUCCUUCUCCUCUGUGGCAGGUCAGUGUUCUCAUGUCCCAAAUGUGCUAUACCAAAGCAAAGUAGAUAUGUCCUCAUAUCCUUUUCUCUACGUGUGUAAAGGACUGGGUAUGUUGGCCAGUGUGUACACUGACGAUGAAGAGAGAGGCAUUGCCAUGGGCAUCGCACUGGGAGGACUGGCACUGGGAGUCCUGAGUGAGACACACUGACACACUCAGACUUAUCCCUUGACCAUCAAGGGACUGUUAGGCUUUAGAAAAACACUAAUUUGUUCUUACAAUCAGGGAACUACAGGGCUACGGACAAAUACAUUUAAGAGGGGACUGCUACAAAGAGACACACUCUUCCUUUCCUACAUUUUUAACAGAGGACUGUAGGGGUUCAAAUAAACACACUUCUACUUUUCUUUAUGACAUCAAUGGAUGUUCAUGCUAUAGAAAAAACACCCAUACCUUUUUAUGUGACAAACAGGGGACUGUAUGGCGAUAGACAAACACACUCAUACUUUCCUAUCAACUAACAAGGGACUAUAGGCCUUCAAACAAGUGCACUGACACAUUUACUUUCCUACACAACCAACAAGGGACUAUAUGGAUAUUGACAAACACAGUUAUACUUUCUUAUAUAAAGUAUGUGGACCGUAGGGCUUCUGACAAACACACUUGUUAUUGUUGACAUGUUUGUGUUUGUUGUGUUUCAGUUGGGGCUCCAUUUGGCAGUGUAAUGUACGAAUUUGUCGGGAAGAGUGCCCCCUUUCUGAUCCUGGCCUUCCUGGCUGUGUUUGAUGGAGGUAAAGAGAACUGACUAUACCUGUUAAUUAGGUUCUGAAUUUUAACUUCCUGUCUUUUUCUUGUCUUCUUAUUCAGGCCUUUGUUUGUAUUCUUUUUGAAGAUGGAAAUCAAGUUUGGAAAUAGAAAGUUGGACAUAUUCAUAAAAUGUUUUCUUUGGAGAUAAAUCAAAGGAGAAGUUAGCUUGUUUUGUCAUUUUGUCUUCUUCACAGUCAGACUUAUUUCUGCAGCUAGUGUAGUCUCCCCCUGGUGGCCACUGGGAGAAAAUAUAGGAGAAAGACACUGGCUGUAUUUUUAGAUCCAAGAACAAACUCAUGUGUUAAGUGAAUGACUUCAGCGUCAGAAAUUUAGAGGAUUUUAAUCAUUCCCCUAAUAUUAAAUAAUUGUCACAAAGACUCAUGGGCGUUGAAGUUCUGAGCUUAAACAGAGAGAUUAUUCAUUCAUCCUGACAGAUGACAUUUGUGUAUUGUAGUGUUACAGCUGUUCAUCCUACAGCCUUCGAAGAUCUCUCCUGGGGUAAGUUCUCUCCAAAGGGACUCCUGAUCUGAUCCAAUUCUUCCUGAUCCAGUAUUAUGUGAUGCUCUGGAGUCUGUCAGUCUGGUCUGUUUUGGAUCUGGAUAACCAGCUUUAGUUUCUGUGUUGCAGAGUGUGGAGGGGACGCCAUUACUGACUCUGUUAAAAGAUCCGUACAUCCUCAUCAGUGCAGGUGGGAGGAUACUGAGAUUUCUGCCAUGUUGGAGUUUAACAUUAACUUUAUUUUUAUGCUGAAUGAAAAUUUCUCACUUAUUGAGCCAAAAUACCCACAGAAAAAAACAGUUAUUUCACUCUUGGUCUUGCUUGCUUUUGUAUUUCAUAAAGAGGGAUAAAUAAUGAAAUCAGUUUGUCUUAUAACUAGGGCUGCCACAAAUGAUAAAAUCUGAUUAUCAACAUGACUACGGUUAUUUUAGCGAUUAAUCAGGUUGUAUAUUUUAAAUUUUUGCAUUAGUUUUUUUAAUCUUAAUGGGACCAACCUGGUUGAAUAAAGGUUAAAUAUAUAUAUAUAUAUAUAUAUAUAUAUAUAUAUAUAUAUAUAUAUAUAUACAUUGCAGAUUAUCGCACCUGCAUGCAGCUGCCGUUUUACCACCAUUAAAUAACCUCCAUCUGAAAAUGUUUAAUGUGCUUACCAAAAAAAAAAAAAAGACAAUUAAGUUCAUUUCAACCUUUUAUAAAAGUUUGCUUUAUAAAAUAUUAUUAAAACAAAAUACAAAAUAGAAAAGGGUAUCAAAAAUAAAUAAUUGUAAACACACAAACUUCACUCUGGCAGUGGCAUUUGACAGAGAAAAAUGUAGAACUAUCAACAACAAAAGAAAAAUCAGUCAAAUCAAAUGCUUGAUCAUUUCUUUAAUGGCUUCAUCUUUUACCAUUGACAGGGGUCUCAUGCCCAUCAUCAGCAUGUUUAAGAUGGAUUCAGUGAGGGAAUGGGCUUGGAGAGGUGCAGAUCUUGCAUUUCCUCUCUAUAUUUUUUGUCAAAUGCUCCCUAAAACUGGAGCUAUGCGUCCUGCUCGCUGAGUUGUAGGGACGUCAGACGCCGACUUCUAUGAGCUCUACUGCACUUGUGCGUUCAGGACAAGGCACACACAGUGGAGGCUAUGAGCAGAGGGUACCAAAGUGCAAAAAACAAAGUGGGAAAAAAAAAAAAGAUUAUGUCAAUUACUAAAAUAGUUGUCAACAAUUUUGAUUGCCAAAUUUUAACCGAUUAAUCGAAUAAUCGUGACAGCCCUACUUUUAACCAUCGAAAAACUUCUUACAGGGGCUUUAACUGUGCAUGGAAACUGAUUCUUUACAUGCCCCUGUGCUCUGAUAACCCAGUGCACACAAGAGGAAGGCUCGUUCUUAACACAGCUGUCAAUAAUGUUGUUACUCCCUCUUUCUAGCAUUGACUAACUCAUUAAAAUUUAACUUCUCAGGAAAGUAAGAAUCAACAGAACAGAAAAACUUAUUUGACCUUUAGUUUUGAACUUUUAAACUUUUUAUGGUCUUUACAGCAUAUAGUCAGCAGGGGAGAUCCAUAUGUUUUGGCUUCACUUUAGAGGAGUUACUGCCUUUUCUUUCUUUUAUUUGAGGUUUCAGCGGACUGACACAGUGGUCUUUUCUGUUUAUCUCUCUGCAGGUUCUUUGUGUUUCGCAAACAUGGGCGUUGCCAUCCUGGAGCCGACUCUGCCCAUUUGGAUGAUGCAGACCAUGUGCUCCCCAAAAUGGCAGCUUGGUAUGACUCCACUUCCUCUUUUCACACUUCCUGUCUGCCACGUUUAUUUCUGGUUUCUUCUAUUCAUACUACAGCUUUAACCUGCAUUUAUGGAUACAGUAUAAACUUCAUUUACAAUCAGCAGUUUAUGGCUGUGAUAUGAGCCCAUGCAGUGACUUCCACUUCAGAGUCAUGCUGAUUUAUAAUGCACUAUAAAAUCCUUCAAAAGCCCAUUUUUUUCACUGGUGGAAACAGGCUUUCAUAGUUUUGAGUUUGUGUAGUGUGUACUUUUUCUUCGCAUCACAGACCAUUGUAUUUACCAUACAUGUUCAAUGGUUCAUGUGGAAACACACUCUGAGACGCCAAACCCUGGGACGUGUAUUCAUUCAUUAUAAAACAGCGCAGCACAUCAGUGCUCUCUGCUACUCGGCUCCUGAGUUAGAAGCAUGUAAAAAACACUCGACCCACCCAACCCAGAAAACCCUCAAAACUUUGUGUGUGCGCACAUACAACUCUACCCAGCGUAGCAGUGUCCUCUUUUUGGGGUUUCAGAAUAUGGUCACCCUAAUAUACACUGUGUGUGUGUGUGUGUGUGUGUGUGUGUGUGUGUGUGUGUUUGUUGCAGGUAUGGCCUUCCUCCCUGCCAGUAUCUCCUACCUGAUAGGAACCAACCUGUUUGGUGUUCUUGCCAACAAGAUGGGACGGUCAGUGUUUGUGUGUCUGUGUUUCUUUAGUGCCAAAGAGGAAGAAGUUAAAUCAGCAGAUUAACAGAUUAACUUUGGUUGAAAGUCUGAGUCCUGUUCAGACCUGAUCCUGGAGAGUUCUGGUAAACCUGCAGGUGUGAGACGGACAGGUAGGCACAGACAGAGGGAUGAUGGGCAAUUUUUGUCUUCCUUAGGUGGCUCUGCUCAAUGUUGGGGAUGUUUAUCGUUGGCGUCAGUCUGUUGUGUGUAAGUAUUAUGUCCAUACAUCCAAAUAUUCCUUAAACAAUAUAUCACAAUAUCCCUAUUGUGUAUAGACUAUGAUUUUUUUUUUUAAAACAGAGCAAACUUAUAAAAAUGUUUUCUAUUUGCAGCAAAACACGACCAGGCUUGAACUAUGUAAAGCGCCAAAACCACUUCAGCAGCAGGAAACCUAAUCUCACACGCUUGUAUUCAUGUGUGUGUGUUUCAGGUUCCUUUUGCAACCAGUAUCUACGGUCUUAUUGGACCAAAUGGAGGGCUGGGUUUUGCCAUCGGUGAAUAUCAACACAAUACCUCUCAAAUACCGUAACUGUCUGCAUGUAAACAAAGUUUGGAUCUUAUUAAACAGAUAUAAAAGCACAUCAUCCGAAACUUCCACUGUUUUAAAGACACUUCGACAUUCUCACAUUCCAUAUUUUAUGUCUUAUUUUUAUACUUGAAUCUUGACUUGAGUAUAAUAGUGUUUCCACUGACCAAAUGUCGGCAAUUUUCAUCGUCUCCCAGUGCAAUAAGUAUCCAUCUCCCCCUUUCCUGCUUGUGCCGUCCUCCUCCAGGUAUGGUCGACUCCUCUAUGAUGGCCAUCAUGGGCUACCUGGUUGACAUCCGUCACGCAUCCGUCUAUGGCAGCGUUUACGCCAUCGCUGAUGUGGCGCUGUGUAUGGGGUUUGCCAUCGGUAACACACAAACACACUCACACAGUUACAUUCUGUGUUUGGGUUAGAAAAUCAGCAUCAUGAUGGGGUUAAAUAAGGGGUAGUUUGCACAGACAAGUAGAAGGCUCCACACCACAUCUCUUCCUCUUUCUCCCUCUCUGCAAUUAUCACUUCCCCAGAAGGAGGAUCAGAGGCUGGACGACAUGGCCCUUUGUAUUUACUGCCCUCUUUAAUUCAUUCAUCUUCUUGUUUUUUUUAUUGACCUGAUGCAUGUGUGCUGAACAAAGAACUGCCCUCCAAAACAAACUUUGACUAUUCAGUUUGAGUCCCAGCAUGUUUAUAAUCUAAAAACACAUUUGAAAAAUUCCAUGUUGUUCUAGGACCAUCCACAGGGGGCGCUCUGGUCCAGGCGGUGGGAUUUCCCUGUCUCAUGGUGUUCAUCGGGGUGAUCAACAUUCUUUAUGCUCCACUCUGCUUCCUGUUACGUAACCCAGCUGUGAAAGAGGAGAAAAUGGUAAACAUGAGUCUGAAACUGUGUGUGUGUUAGUAAAAUGACUAAUACUGCAACCAGUCAGUAGAGGGAGCACUAAAAAUUUUGGCUUCUUAGUCAGCAAACACUCACUGCAUCCCUGUUAACAUCAACCAACUCUUCCAGUCUUGAAAAGUGAAACCAAAAUAACCCUGUAGUUUAUAGCAGAACUCCUAAUUAUGGAAAGUUCUGUAACUGUUGAGUUUGUGUUUUCUUCUCUCGCACACUUCCUUGACCUGACACUUUUAAAACUUUUGUAAAAUUUUUCUUUUUAUGUAGUUUCAGUUAAAUGCUUUGGGAGAGAUUAUUAUAGCGAUUUAGAAUAAGUUAUAUCAAAAUAAGGCUACACAGCCAGUCUUUUUGUGGCAAAUAAAAGCAUAAAUGUCAUAAUGAAAUGUCAGAAAGUUGUCGUAAGUUUCAGUGCUUCAGUGGAGAUACCCACUCAAAAUAUAUUGAAGUACAAUAACAGUGACUUGAUACUUUGUACCUUCCUCCUUUGUGCAUCAGUCUAUCGUCCCAGGGUCACAUUUGUUUUUGGAAAUUUUGACAAGCUGUAUAAAAAAAAGAAAACAGAUGAGGUCACAUGGAUUUCUCCCGAACCUUUGAACCUGGACUUUAAGAAACUUUUGAUGGAGCUGGAAUAGUUGCGGGUUUGAUGUUACUGCAUCCUGAAUGGAUCCCUGAAAAUACUCUGUGUCAACAGCGAGAACCCCUGUUCACACAGGCGGCUGUACACUGGUUAUUAAAACCUGUUCACACACACUGAGUGUGUCUGCAAGUCCCGACACAUCAGCAGGAAGUGUGUGUGUGUGUGUGUGUGUGUCUGUGAUGUUGAAGCCAAAGUGUUUGUGUGAAGUCAUUACACAGUGAUUAGACUGAUCACAGAUCAGAGGCUGCUGCUUCAAAGCUGCAGAGGAAACAUUUCCUCCUAAUAAACUCCCAAUUACACACAGAUUACACAGACAUAGAGACUGCUUUAUUGAUCUACUCUGUGCUUGUGUGUGCGUGUGUGUGUGUGUGUGUCUGUCUGUGUGUGUGUGUCUGUGUGUUUGUUUUGCAGGCCAUUAUCGAUCAGGAGUGUGUGAUGCACAGGAAAAGCUAUAACACUCAGAGGGAGAGCCGAGAGUUUCCUCUGAGCGACUACAGUGAAGAAGAGGAGACGGAAGAGUGACACACACACACACACACACACACACACACACACACACACACACACACACACACACACACACACACACACACACACACACACACACUCAAAGCUGAGGAUAUUAUGUUGUGAUGUCUCCAAACAUGCUUCACCCUCAUCAUCAGUCUUCUUGUUACAAUCAGACCAGAGCAGACUCUUUUCAAAAAGGUGGUUUUGCUUUUUCUUAUUUUCUAUACUUUUACAAAAAUUGUAAUGUCAAAAAUAAACAAGGCCAAGGGUUUGAAAUUGUGAGGUAAAUGUGGGAAGAAGAACGAGACUGCAGACUUGUCUGAAAAGUUUGACAAGUCAUGACCUCACUAAUUGGUGAAUCAACAAGCUACAGCAGCACAAACUAUAAGGCAGAUGGAGCAGGAGGAGAAAGGAGAGCAGGGAGAGCAGGGAGAGGAGCAGGAGAGAGAAGAGCAGGGAGAGAAGCAGGAUGAGAGAGGAGGAGCAGAAGGACGCAGACAGAUUAGUCUAACAGGCCAAAGCACAGAAUGAGCAGUAGGAAAGGCUAUAGCAAUCAGAUCGUUCAUUAACACGCCCCUGACUCUCUGGGUAAAGAGAGUGGCCUGGUUCCAAAUCUUUAGAAAAUAAAGGUUAAAUCUUAAAUGUUUUAAAGGACGUCACAUGAAAGCUCGAAAUGACUGUACACAGUAAAAAAGAUUCAAUCCAACAGUUUUGCCCACUUAUUGUGUUAUUCAAAGAAUGACGUCUUAAGAUUUAAAAAGUUGCGUAAAUGCAUGUGAAGCAGGUGCCUGAACACAAGUUAUUAUGUGUAAUAACUGUGAUCUUAAUAUUAAUCAAAAUAAUCAUGAUGAUAAUUUUUAAAACAGUUUAGCAGCAAGUGUUCAAUGACACCUGAAAAUGAGAAAAGUACCUGCUCUUUAACAUCCUCCUUCUUUACCACAUGUCCUUCACCCCUAAAAUAUCCCAGCACUGCUCAUUUGGAAUCCAUUUUUUCUAAAGGGCUGACAUUAAGUAUUUAUAUCUUAUAAAAAAGGUUGUCUAAGGUGAAAAGUACAAAGAAAACUGGUUUCCACCUCUGAUUGUAGACCCCUUUCAUGUAUGGACCCCUUUGAAUAAGAAAGAAAUGUUCUUGUAAAUGUGAGUUUAUUUUUCAAAACGUGUGACUUCACUCCUCUUUGCUUCUCUCUUUUUUCUCUCUUGUUAGCAAGGAAAAUGUUUGAGUCUGUAUCUGACCUCUGACCUUUAUCGCCAUUAAAUCCUGCUGUUCACCUGCGUG